AUGAAUAUUGCACGCCCGAUUUCUUCGGAGGUGAAAAAUGUCACCUUUGGGAUAUACGACGUUGAACAGAUUGAAAAGAUAUCUGUAAAACAGAUCGUAAAUCCAGUUUUGUUAGACAAUUUAAACCACCCUACUAGUGGUGGUUUGUACGAUUUGGCUUUAGGACCUUACUUGAAAAAUUCAUUGUGUGCAACAUGCCAUUUGGAUGAGAGAUACUGCCCUGGCCAUUUUGGCCAUAUUGUUCUUCCUACUCCCGCGUAUCAUCCUUUGUUUUUCUCUCAAAUGUACAAUUUGCUUCGUUCUACAUGUCUUUACUGCCAUCAUUUUAAGCUUUCGAAAGUAAAGGUUCACUUGUACGGAUGUAUUCUCAAAUUGUUAGACAAUGGUUUGUUGAACGAGUCUCAACUCGUUGAGAACGUCAGCCUUACUGAGGCUGCUAUUACUAAGCCAAAAUCUGCUACCGGCACCGAAGGUGGCAGUGACAGUGAGGAUAGCGGUCUCGGUAACGACGACAUCGCCAAAGAUGCAUCUACUUUGAUGCGCUUGCGCGAUGAAUACGUUAACCAUGCUAUCGCUGAAGCGAAGGGAAAUGUUCACGUUGAUUCUCACACUACUACUAUUCUUUUACAUGAAAGGAAGAAAGUUGUACGUUCCUUUUACCGUGACAUUACCUCUCGUAAGCAAUGUGACAAUUGCCAAUCGUUCUCUCCCAACUUUCGUAAAGAAGGAUUUGCCAAGAUUUUUGAGCUUCCCUUGAGCGGCAAAAAUUUGCAAUACAUGGCACAGACCGGAAAAAUUCGUUCUGAUGUUCUUCGUGACACUAGCAAGAAAGAUACUGAGGACGAAGGCUAUGAAGGUGAAUCUGAUUCCAACGAUGAUGAAGGCGAGGGCAUCGACUUAAUGGAGGAGGAUGCUAACCCCAUGAAAAAGAAGUCCAAGGUGUCUGCUGCUCAUGGUGCCAAGUACAUGACCUCCACAGAGGUUCGCAACCAUCUACGUCGUCUUUUUGGUAAGGAGGGUUCUGUCCUUACACGCUUAUACUCUCAUAAGCGAGGCUCUGCUGCUACUGCCGAUAUGUUUUUCCUUCAAAACGUUGCCGUUCCUCCAACCCGUUUCCGCCCUGCUUCUAAAGUGGGCGAUGAAGUCCACGAAAACAUCCAAAACGAGCUUUUAACAAAAAUUCUUCAAUCAUCUAUUCAAAUUGCUGCUUUGAGCAAGGAUACCAAUGUUCCUAAGAACGCUGAAGAUAAAGAAGCUUACGACCGUGGUUCUCGUGCUUUUGAACUUUUGAUUGGUGCUUUUGUUCAACUUCAACAUGAUGUUAAUAGUCUUAUCGACAGCAAUCGCAAUCCUUCUCAGAUGGGCCAAUCUAGAAUGGUUCCACCAGGAAUCAAACAAAUCCUUGAGAAGAAGGAGGGUUUGUUCCGUAAGCAUAUGAUGGGUAAGCGUGUUAAUUAUGCGGCUAGAUCUGUUAUUUCUCCUGACCCCAAUAUUGAGACGAACGAAAUUGGUGUUCCACCGGUCUUUGCUACUAAGCUCACUUAUCCUGAGCCUGUGACUCUUUACAACUUUAAUGAAAUGAGAAAUGCCGUUGUCAAUGGCCCUCAUAAAUGGCCAGGUGCUACUCAUAUCCAAAAUGAGGACGGCACCCUUAUUUCUCUAAUGCCUCUUACCACUGAGCAACGUACUGCACUUGCUAACCAACUAUUAACACCUCAAAGCAAUUUAAUUUCUUCCCCUUAUUCUUAUUCCCGUCUUGUCAACACCAAUAAGAAGGUAUAUCGCCACGUUCGCAAUGGUGAUAUGUUAAUCCUCAACCGUCAACCUACUCUUCAUAAGCCUUCAAUGAUGGCUCAUAAAGCUCGCAUUCUUCCCGGAGAAAAGACUAUCAGAAUGCAUUAUGCAAACUGUAAUUCUUAUAACGCUGAUUUUGACGGUGACGAAAUGAAUAUGCACUUUCCUCAAAGUGCCAAUGCACGCGCGGAAGCUCAAUUUAUUGCAAACACUGAUUCCCAGUAUCUAGUCCCUACUUCAGGUGACCCUCUUCGAGGUUUAAUUCAAGAUCACGUUGUUAUGGGUGUUUGGCUUACUUGCAAAGACACAUUCUAUACACGUGAUGAAUACCAACAGUUGCUUUACCAAGCUUUGAAGCCUGACGAGACUGGACUGUUUGGAAGAAUUAAGACAGUUCCACCCGCCGUUGUAGCUCCUAAGAUAUUCUGGACAGGAAAGCAAGUUAUCUCUACUAUCUUACUGAACUUGAAGCCUAUAGAUCGUCCGGGACUGAAUCUGAGGGGUAAGGCCAAGGUUGCUGGCAAAUAUUGGUCUCCCAACUCUGAAGAAGGCUCUGUGUUGUUUGAGGACGGCGAAUUGCUUUGCGGUGUCCUAGACAAGUCAUCCUUUGGUGCCUCUUCCUUUGGUAUUGUACAUUCAAUUCAUGAGCUUUAUGGUGCUGAUAUUGCUGGUCGCUUAUUAUCUGUUUUAAGCCGUCUCUUUACUGCGUACGCUCAAAUGCGUGGCUUCACUUGUCGUAUGGAUGACUUGCGACUUGGUGAGAUCGGUAAUGUCUGGCGCAGAGAACUUUUAGACGGCGGUAAGGGUUUAGGUCGUGAAGCUGCUAGUGAGUAUGUUGGAUUGCCUUCGGACGCUAAUCUCUCCGUUCUAAACGCCAAUUUAGAAGAAGUCUAUCGUGACGAUGAAAAACUACAGGGCUUGGAUGCUACUGUGAAGGGUAAAAUGAAUGGUCUUACGUCUUCCGUUAUUAAUAAAUGCAUUCCCGAUGGAUUACUUACGAAAUUCCCCAAGAAUCACAUGCAAGCAAUGACUGUAUCCGGUGCUAAAGGAAGUAAUGUCAAUGUUUCUCAAAUUUCUUGUUUACUUGGUCAGCAAGAACUAGAAGGUCGUCGUGUACCAGUUAUGGUUAGCGGUAAAUCACUUCCUUCUUUCUUGCCUUAUGAGACUUCUGCCAAGGCAGGUGGCUUUAUCGCUAGUCGCUUCUUGACUGGUAUUGCUCCCCAAGAGUACUUUUUUCACUGUAUGGCUGGCCGUGAAGGACUUAUCGAUACGGCUGUGAAAACCAGUCGCUCUGGUUAUCUGCAAAGAUGUUUAAUGAAGCACUUGGAAGGUCUUAAUGUAGAAUAUGAUCAUACUGUUCGGGAUGCUGAUGGCUCGAUUGUUCAAUUCUUCUAUGGUGAGGAUAGUUUAGAUGUUACCAAGCAAAAGCAUCUUACGCAAUUUGAAUUUUCUGCCAGGAAUUACAAGUCAUUGAUUCAAAAGUAUAAGGUUAAGUCCGUUUUGUCUUCUGUUGACUCUGAAAAAGCUUCGUCUUAUGCUAAGAAGGCACUUAAGAAACCUCAUAAAUAUGAUCCUGUUAUGGACAAAUACCCUCCAAGUAGAUAUCUGGGGAGUGUUUCUGAGAAGUUUCAACGUGCUGUUGAUGAUUAUACUCAAAACAAUCCUGAUAAAUUGAUCGCUGGUAAAAAGGAGAGCAAACAGGAUGAGUCCUUGUUGAAUGAAGCCAAGUUUAAAGCACUGAUGCAAUUACGCUACCAACAAUCCCUUGUCGAUCCUGGUGAAGGUGUUGGUGUUUUGGCUAGUCAAUCCAUUGGUGAACCUUCCACUCAAAUGACAUUGAACACUUUCCACUUUGCUGGUUUCGGUGCCAAGAACGUUACUUUGGGUAUUCCUCGUUUGCGUGAAAUUAUUAUGACCGCUAGUGCUAACAUUCAAACCCCUCAGAUGACUUUGCGUUUGAAUGAUGACGUUUCUAAAGAACGCUCCGCUGCUUUCUGCAAGGAAGUUAACAAGCUUGUUUUAUCCGAAGUUGUCAAGCAGGUUCGAGUCGUCGAAAGAAUAUCCGGCCAAGGAUCUGAUGAACAAUCGAAAUCUUAUGCUAUUCAUUUAGAUUUGUAUCCCCGUAAGGAGUAUGAAGAAGAAUAUGGUGCCCAACAGGAAGAAAUUGAACGUACUGUAAGUUCGACUUUCCUGCGUGUUCUUAACAGAAACAUUAAGGGUUACCUCUCCAAAUCAAGACAAAGGAAAUCUGCUGGUGAUGAGUCAUCUCCAGAAGUUGGUGAGGCUUUGAGACCUCUUGAAAAUAUUGCUGAUGCACCUGUUGAGGGUGCUGCUCAAGGAUCUUUAGAGGAUGAAGAUAAUGAUGCUACCAAUGAAAAGAUGGCUGCUCGUUCGAAGCAACAUGCUUCUUAUGAUGGUCCUGAUGAAGGUGAUAAGGACGCUAUGCGUGAUCUGAAAAAAUCACAAAAGGUGGAAGAAGAAUUGGAUGAGGAGGAUGGCUUCAAAUCUGACGAAAGCGUUACUGAUUUCAAGGAGCGUAAGCAGGCUGAGAAGUUGAAGGCUUCAUCAAUUAACGAAAAGCGAUCCUUUAACAUACAAACGGCACAAACAGUCCUCCCUAAUUGUAAGAACAUUGAUUUUGAUUAUCAAAAUGGUGAGUGGGCCACUGUCGAGUUGGUGUUCCCCAUAAACACUGAAAAGUUGUUGAUGGUUUCGUUAGUAGAAGCUGCUUGCGCACAAACCGUUGUUCAUGAGAUUUCUGGAAUUGCUCGUUGCUUCCCUAAGCCUGCUGAGUCUGCUAUGGAUACCGUUCCUAAGGUCAUCACUGAAGGUGUGAAUUUGAAGGCUAUGUGGGAAUUUUACAACGAAAUUUCUAUGAAUGAUAUUAGCACCAAUGAUAUCGCUGCAAUCCUUAGAAUUUACGGUGUUGAAGCAGCCCGUAAUGCUAUUGUUAAUGAAGUUUCUGCAGUCUUUGGUGUGUAUGGUAUUGGCGUCGAUAGUCGCCAUCUUUCCUUGAUUGCUGACUACAUGACCUUUGAAGGUGGUUACAAAGCGUUUAACCGUAUGGGUAUUGAAUACAACACUUCACCUCUUGCUAAGAUGUCUUUUGAAACUACUUGUCAUUUCCUCACUGAAGCAGCUUUAGCUGGUGAUGUUGAUACUUUAACUAAUCCCUCAGCACGCCUUGUAAUGGGCCAAGUUGGUCGAUUCGGUACUGGUAGCUUUGAUCUUUUGACUCCGCUCGUCGAUUCUGCCGCUAAUUGA